CACUACUCACUACUUUAAUUCACUUCAACCCCAGCCCAAGACUUAAUCAAGAAAAACAUCAAACACAAAAAAAUGCCGUACCUCGUCAGCGACGACGACGACGAUGCUGAGCCUUUCGUCGAGACCGAUCCCACGGGCCGUUACGGGAGGUACAGCGACUUGAUCGGUGCCGGUUCCGUAAAGAAAGUGUACAGAGCUUUCGACAUAGGAAAGGGAGAAGAAGUGGCUUGGAACCAAGUUUCCUUGAGAAAGUUCGUGGACGAUAACUCCAUGAUCGCAAGGCUAUUCACGGAGGUUCGUUUGUUGACAUCUUUUAAAAACGACAACAUUAUUGCUUGCUUUGCCGCCUGGAACGACAACCAGAACCGAACGCUCAACUUCAUCACCGAGGUCUGCAUGUCCGGGAACCUGAGGGAGUACCGUAAGAAGCACCGUAGGGUUUCCGUGUGUGCAAUCAAGAAUUGGGUCCGCCAGAUCCUGAGAGGUCUGGAGUACCUUCACACGCGCAAGCCGUGCGUGAUUCACAGAGACCUAAACUGCAGCAACAUAUUCAUCGACGGACAUACCGGGAAGGUGAAGAUAGGGGACUUGGGAUUGGCGACCGCAAGGGACCGGAACGCCAUCGUGCAGUCGAUGGUGGGGACGCCUGAGUACAUGGCGCCAGAGAUUUUCGAGGAGAAGUAUACGGAGACGGUGGAUAUUUACUCGUUCGGGCUCUGUGUGUUGGAACUCGUUACCAUGGAGAUUCCGUACAGCGAGUGUAGGUCAAUCGUCGAAAUUUACAGGAAGGUGAGUGGUGGGGUGAAGCCCCAGGCCCUGAACAAGGUUAAGGAUCCGGAAGUGAAGGGGUUCAUUGAAAAGUGUAUUGUACGUGACCCGGGAAGGCCCUCGGCGGCCCAACUACUUAAGGAUCCCAUUUUUGAUGGGCUUCCAGAUGAUAAUGACGAUGACGACGGCCACGGGGAAUUGUUUGGAGUACAUUUGAGUUUUUAAUAUCUGUUGUUUCUGUUUAAUUAGUUGCUAGUUCUUCAUUAGUUUAAGCUUGUACAUUCGAAUUAAUUUAGUAAUUAUCUUUUAUUAGUGAAUUCAAUA